UUCCGCAAACUUUAACCGGAAGUUGGUUUGUUGUUGUGUUGUGGGGGGUUGAGCCCCGGCGGCUCGAGCUUAUUUAGGAUGCUUCGCUGGCUUUCUGCGUGUUUAUAUCUCUCGGGAGCAGCGGGGGGAAUGGCGUAGGACAGACAGGGUGGUUCUCUUCAUUAUUUCAGGGUUUGGGCAGGCAUGGACCCGCGGGUGUCCGAGCUCUUCGGGGCCGCUGCUGCAGCACAAAAGUCCGGCGGCAGAAAAAACGCCAAAAAUGGAAGCAACAAGUUCAAAAGCCGCUCAGCCCGAUAUCCAAAAGCCAGCAAUAACCCGCCUUAUCUACCUCCAGAGGCUGAAGAGGGAAACAUCGAGUACAAGCUGAAGCUGGUGAACCCCACGCAGUACCGCUUCGAGCACCUGGCCACGCAGAUGAAGUGGCGCUUACAGGAGGGCCGCGGCGAGGCGGUGUAUCAGAUCGGGGUGGAGGACAAUGGGCUGCUGGUGGGCCUGACGGAGGAGGACAUGAAGGCCUCUCUCAAAACACUGCGCAGGAUGGCUGAGAAGGUGGGUGCAGACAUCACAGUUCUCAGAGAGAGGGAGGUGGAUCACGACUCUGACGAGCCAUACAGAAUAGCUGAGGUGCUCGUCAGGAAAGUGCCAGAUGACCAGCAGUUCUUGGACCUGCGGGUAGCGGUGCUGGGUAACGUGGACUCAGGGAAGUCCACUCUGCUUGGUGUGCUUACACAAGGAGAGCUGGACAACGGGAGGGGGAGAGCGCGGCUCAACCUCUUCAGACACCUUCAUGAAAUCCAGACCGGACGAACCUCAAGUAUCAGCAUUGAGAUCCUGGGCUUCGACAGCAGAGGAGAGGUGGUGAACUACAGUGAGUCCCGAACGGCGGAGGAAAUCUGCGAGAGUGCCUCAAAAAUGAUCACCUUCAUAGACCUGGCAGGCCACCACAAAUAUCUCAAGACCACCAUCUUUGGCUUGACCAGCUACUGUCCAGACUUUGCCAUGCUCGUGGUCAGCGCCAACACCGGCAUCGCGGGGACGACGCGAGAGCACCUGGGUCUGGCCAUGGCGCUGAAGGUGCCCAUCUUCAUUGUGGUGAGUAAGGUGGACCUGUGCACCAAAGGCACCGUGGAGCGCACCGUCCGACAGCUGGAGCGCAUCCUCAAGCAGCCAGGCUGCAACAAGGUGCCCAUGCUGGUGUCCUCCACAGACGACGCUGUCACUGCCGCCCAGAAGUUUGCACAGUCACCCAGCAUCACCCCUAUCUUCACCCUGUCCAGUGUAUCAGGGGAGAGUCUGGAUUUGCUGAAGGUCUUCUUUAAUAUUCUACCUCCCCUCAGCAACAGCAAGGAGCAGGAGGAGCUCAUGCAGCAGCUCACCGAGUUUCAGAUUGAUGAGAUCUACACCGUGCCGGAUGUUGGGACAGUAGUUGGUGGGACUCUGUACAGUGGGAUCUGCCGCGAGGGCGAGCAGCUGGUGGUGGGACCCACAGACGCUGGGCAGUUUCGGGAGCUGGCGGUGUGCAGUAUCCAGAGGAAUCGCUCCGGGUGCAGGGUGCUUAGAGCCGGUCAGGCCGCUACUCUGGCCCUGGGAGAUUUCGACCGCUCACUAUUACGUAAGGGCAUGGUGAUGGUCAGUCCAGAGAUGAACCCCACUAUCUGCUGGCGCUUUGAGGCUGAGAUCGUUUUACUCUUCCAUGCCAAAACUUUCCACAAGGGCUUCCAGGUGACGGUGCAUGUGGGCAAUGUUAGACAGACGGCCACAGUUGAGGCUCUGCAGGGAAAGGUUUUUCUGAGCAGGCUUCUCACCCAGUCUUCUCUCCAAAGUGCUGCUCCAGCUGGACCUUGCUGAACUGAGUGAGAUCUCCGAUGUUU